UAUGCAUCUGUAGAUAUGCCGUUAGAAGCUUUUCCUCCUCCACCAGGAUACAAUGCACCCGAACAGGUUCAUAUAACACAAGGGGAUCUUGUUGGUCGAGCCGUUAUUGUUUCGUGGGUUACACCGUUACUACGACACCCUGACUAUGUGGUUUAUUGGGCGGCAGAAUCCAAACACAAAAAGAAGCGCAAGGCUCAUUCCUCGAUCACAACUUAUAAAUUCUAUAAUUAUUGUUCUGGCAACCUACAUCAUGCCACCAUUAAAAAUCUUAAGUUUGACACUCAGUACUUUUAUGAGCUUGGGACUGGCAAUGUAACCCGGCGAUUUUCCUUCACAACUCCUCCCAAAGUAGGGCCAAACGUUCCAUACACAUUUGGCAUUAUAGGUGAUUUGGGACAAACACAUGAUUCUUAUCAGACGCUUCAGCAUUAUGUGUCUAACCCGAAAGGGCAGGCUGUGUUGUAUGUGGGUGAUCUUUCUUAUGCAGAUGAUCAUCCGUACCAUGACAAUGUGAGAUGGGAUACAUUUGGCCGCUUCAUUGAGAAGAGUGCUGCAUAUCAAUCAUGGGUUUGGACUGCUGGCAAUCAUGAAAUUGAUUUUGCUCCAGAGAUUGAAGAAGAUGUUCCUUUCAAGCCAUAUUUGAAUAGGUACCACGUACCCUACAAGGCAUCACAGAGUACAUCCCCACUCUGGUAUUCCAUUAAGCGUGCAUCUGCAUACAUCAUUGUGUUGUCUUCUUACUCAGCAUAUGGUACAUACACUCCUCAAUACGCAUGGCUCGAAAAUGAGUUCUCCAAGGUUAACCGAGCUGAGACGCCGUGGCUUAUUGUUCUUGUUCACUCACCAUGGUAUAACAGUAACAACUACCACUACAUGGAAGGAGAAAGCAUGAGAGUGCAGUUUGAAUCCUGGUUUGUUAAAAACAAAGUGGAUGUUGUUUUUGCUGGUCAUGUUCAUGCCUAUGAACGAACAGAGAGAAUAUCGAACAUUAAAUACAACAUAACAGAUGGACUGAGCGCUCCAGUGAAGGACCCUUCUGCACCAGUAUACAUUACUAUUGGUGAUGGUGGUAACAUUGAAGGCCUUGCUAAGAGUUUUACUGAGCCACCACCAAGUUAUUCUGUAUUUCGGGAAGCAAGCUUCGGGCAUGCGAUUCUCGAGAUUAAAAAUCGGACUCAUGCCUACUAUACUUGGCACCGUAACCAGGAUAACAAUGCAGUUGUUGCUGAUAAUCUUUGGUUGCAUAAUAGGUACUAUUAUCCAGAAGAAGAAGAAGAAGCAUAG